CUAGGUGGUGUGGUCAUAUGCAUAUUUACAGUUUGCCACGUGAAUGGUUUUGCAUGUUGGCACGAGAUACAUUUUAACCCAUAAAGUUCAUGUGGAAAGUUUAGACGGUUAAACACUCGCGAGUAUUUGACCCCACACUCUACAGAGGCAAAUUCAUAACUGGCUGUCCUUUGAUCUGCAGUUAAGGACUGUGUUUAAUACUUUUCCGUGUCUUAUCGUCUUUUUGCCACCACCAGAUUGCUGAUUUCACAUUCAUGAUUGUCCCUGUUAUUCGUGGCAAAUGUGGCAGAGAGACGUUGUGCUUUUUACCCCGCCCCCUCCCUUAUUUGUUUAAGCAUUAUAGAACUAUUUCAUUCAGUCUCAUUUUACUUUGCAGGGCACAACGGGCUGAUAGCAGUAAGUUCAGUUGCAUCCUGGUCAAUUCCUUACACCUUAAACACAUGGAGACUAACCACAUGAUAUGAUCCUCAAUACAAAACGGAGUUAUACAUCGGGGGUCACGCCCCCUUGCAAUGCCUAUGAUGCUGCAUUCUGAGUUCUUUGCAACCUUCUUAGGAUACUACAAAAAUAAGUUUCAGCUAGCCAGAAGAACUACCGCCAAUCUUAUGAGCUGAUUCAGAGUAGGCCAUUUGCUUGAUCCCAGGACCUGUCUGAAGAGCCUAACGAUGAUCUGUUUAUGCCCAGGCCGCAUACCUGCAGAAGGCCGGCUUGGAGACUGUUGUCUUGGAGCGCCGUCAUGUGCUUGGAGGAGCAGCUGUGUCCGAGGAGAUUAUUCCAGAAACAUGGGCUGAAAGUCUACAUGAGGGACCCCCAUGCCUUCACACCAAUGCUGGAGGAAGGUGUUGGUGGGCGUCCACCACGUUCUCUGCUACUGGGGUCUGACUCAGAGAAGAACAUGCAGGAGAUUGGGAAGUUUUCUGAAAAGGAUGCAAGAGCCUAUCCAGUGUUCCAGAGUCAUCUAGAGAAAAUUGCUCGUGCUAUCAGUCCUCUCUUAGAUGCCCCACCUGUGGAUGUAGCUGCGAUUAAUGAGGGAUCUUUGAGGAGGAGAGUGGCUGCUCUAAAGACCUUGAGACCCCUGCUGCAGUGUGGAUUACAGCUGGGAAAGAACCUUCCAGAUUUCUACCAGCUCCUAACUGCACCAGCAAUGAAGGUAUUAAACUGCUGGUUUGAAUCAGAACCGCUGAAAGCUACGCUGGCCACAGAUGCAGUGAUUGGUGCUAUGGUGAGCCCCAGAAGCCCUGGCAGCGGCUAUGUGCUCCUGCACCAUGUGAUGGGGGAGUUGGAGAAGGAGCGUGGAGCCUGGGGCUAUGUGGAAGGGGGUAUGGGAGGUGUGUCAGAUUCUAUUGCCAGUUCUGCACGUGCCCAUGGGGCAUCCAUCUUCACUGAGAAGGAGGUGACACAAGUGUUGGUUAAUCAGGAUGGCUGUGCUACAGGCAUUGUGCUGAAGGAUGGCUUUGAGAUCCACAGUAAAGUGGUUCUAUCUAAUGCCACGCCACAUGUGACCUUCGGGCAGCUCACGCCACAGAGCACGCUGACUCCAGAUUUUCUUAAAGCAGUAUCUCAGAUUGACUACACAUCUCCUGUCACCAAGAUUAAUGUUGCUGUGGACAGACUACCUAAUUUCCUGGCUGCCCCCAAUCGCUCAGACAGUUUGCCAGGCCCCCACCACCAAUGCUCCAUCCAUAUAAACUGUGAGAGUGUAGAUGUAUUGGAGAAGGCCUACCAGGAAUGUAAGCAUGGUCGUCCAUCUACAAGACCCAUGGUGGAGGUGUGCAUUCCGUCUGUACUGGACCCCACUCUGGCCCCUUCUGGCUGCCACGUUAUCUCCAUCUUCUCCCAGUUCACCCCUUACUGGCUGGAAGGAGGGCGUGCCUGGACAGAGAAUGACAAGGAAAAGUAUGCCGACUCAGUCUUCAACUGGAUUGAGUGCUAUGCUCCUGGUUUCAGAAGCACCAUAGUGGGCAAGGAGGUCCUGGCACCCCCUGACCUGGAAAGGAUUUUUGGACUCACAGGAGGGAAUAUUUUUCAUGGUGCAAUGUCAUUGGACCAGUUGUAUCUGGCACGACCUUUACCUUCUGUCUCCAGCUAUCGUUCACCAGUCAAAGGUCUUUAUCUGUGUGGCAGCGGAUGCCAUCCAGGUGGGGGAGUGAUGGGCGCUGCAGGUUGUAAUGCUGCCCUGAUGAUUUUGGCUGACUUAAAAAGAGGUUGAGGUACCUGGGUUGAUCUUGACAAAGAGGGACUGCCUCUGUCUGCAUCAGCCUUUCUCAGUUAGACACUGUCAAAUUAAAUUAACUUUGUAAUAAUAACCUGCAAGUAAUCACCAGCAUCUAACGGAUUUGGGUAAUCAACUCAAAUAUUUCAGAUCUUACCAUUAUAUUUUAACCAUUAUAUUUUAUUUUCUGCAUGUGGGUAAUGCCUUAGAAAAAGUUUUGGAUUUAUAAAUGCUCUCCUUAUUUUGGUCACUGUCGAGUGAUGACCUCUAUCUUGUCAAUAGAUUUGCAUCAGUAAUUAGAGCCUCAUUUAAUCUCCACAGCACCAAAAUAUCAUAGCAGACUUUUAACACACACACACACACACACACACACACACACACACAC